UUUAAGUGUGAAUCGGGACCUCAAUGACUUACAAAGUGGUUUUGGUUGUACUUUACAGGAAAAAAAAAACGUCAAGCACUACGAUUGUCAAAUACAAGUUGGACCAAAUGGCAACAAAAGGUACACGCAAAAAUUACAGAGGACAUGAAGAACAAUUUAUCAAGAAGGAGCAUGCAAUAAUACAAAGAAUAAAAACCAUGCUUCGUUUGAAUAAAGAUCUUGACAAUCUUGGCCCCAUCCCUCCAUACCCGCAGCCUGUGGAGUUCCAUGUAACGAGAGCGAGCCACUUCACUUAUCAGACAGGAAUGGAAGGAAUUGUGAAUUCUGGAGGAUUUCUCCCAGGCCGGGACAAGCUCUUGUGGUGGAGCAUUGAAGUGGAUGAUGAUGACAUCACGGCUGCUGAGAAGCGAUUCCUUCAGUCACUCUUCCCUAACAGAACAGAAGCCCAGGCUGAGAAGCAGAAGCCGUUCCUGCAACAGUUCACCACGUCUCCCGCCUUCCUGAAGUCAUCCCGCUACGGAAACUUCAAGUUCACCUUCGACCUGAAGGAACUCCUGCAUGAGUAUAGAAAACAGAUGUGUAAUGGGGAGAAGCCCAUUCUCAGGGUGUAUGAAACAAUGCUUUACAAGCAGGAGAUCAUACACUCUGUCAUUAUACACAGUCCUGACACCCAUGAAUUUGAUGAGUACCCAAUUUUCCCAACAGGUUUGCAUGAUUUCUUAGAUGGGACUAUUGUCUGGUGCCCAGAGGCAAUGAGUGGUACCCACCGCUAUGAGCUGAUUACAGACGUGGAAGAAAAUACAGUCCAUGCAAGGGAUGUUGGGUGUAAUCCAACACAAUAUGUGUGGAACAAUUUGACCCUGGCAUUCCACAUUAAAUCACUGAAAUUUGAUAAAGCCACGCUGGUUAGUAAACUUAGUGCUUGCAAAAUAAAAGACCCUGAAUUAGCUGAAAUAGCUACACAAAAAGUUGCUCAAUUCAAGGAGAGAUACGGAGCACAGGAUAACAUACCAGUUGUAAACUAAAAGUCAAACCACAGUGGAGCAACAUCAUAACUGGAGAGGAUCAAACAGAUUAUCAUUUCCUCAAAGAACAAAGAAAGCAAAAUUUCAGUAAGAUCCAACAAUA